AUGUAUAUCCGCGUGAAGCGCAACAAGACUACCUACUUCAUUCAAUGUGAACCAACAGAAACAGCUUUGAGCAUCAAACAGAAGUUGCAUUCGCUGAUAGAUCAACCUCCUAUUAAUCAGCAGUUGUUCUUGUGGCCCAGCAGUGAUGUGCUUGAAGACUCAAAGACGCUGGCAGAUCAGAAGGUGGAAAACGAUUCCAUUGUUGCAUUGGCACUAAGAAAAGGAUGCACUGUGACGCGCUGGCACAUGCACUCUUAUUCACUUAAGAGUUCCAAGGGAGCACCAAUUCUGCCACGGCCAGUGUUUGUUUUCUUCAUUGCGUCAUUUGGUUUCUAUGUAUGCUACCUCUCCUUUAAUCAGAUAACGCUAGAGAACAAAAAAGAGGGGAAUAGUCGAGAAGAACAAAGGGACAAUAUUUGCAGAAAGCCUUAUGUGCCACGUGAGGAGCUCAGUUAUGUGCACUUUCCAAAACCUACGAGUUAUAGCAGGGGGGAGUGCUCAUGUACUCCUGUUCGAUUCUUUGUAAUUGUGUCUAUGCAAAGAUCCGGAAGUGGAUGGUUUGAGACCUUGCUGAAUAGUCACCCUAACAUUAGUUCCAAUGGCGAAAUCUUUAACAGAGUGGAUAGAAGAAAGAAUAUCUCGUCUAUCUUACAAACACUUGACACACUGUAUAAUUUGGACUGGCUCACCAGCGCAGCGAAGAAUGAGUGCACAGCUGCAUUUGGACUGAAGUGGAUGCUUAAUCAGGGAAUUUUGGAAAAACCUGAAGAUAUAGUUGGUUAUUUGAACAAGAAGGGUGUCUCUGUGAUAUUUCUGUUCAGGAGAAACACGUUACGCAGGCUUAUAUCUGUGUUGGCCAACGACUAUGACAAAGAUGCAAAGCAGUUGAAUGGAACUCACAAGUCUCAUGUUCACUCAAUAGAAGAGGCUGAGAUAUUAGCAAAAUUCAAACCACAUCUGGAUCUGUCAACUCUGAUUACAAACAUCAGAAACAUUGAGAAGGCCAUCAGAGAUUGCUUGGACCACUUCAAGAGUACGCGGCACAUGAUCCUCUAUUAUGAGGAUAUAAUCAGCAACAGCAAUGCAUUAUCCCAGGUGCAAGAGUUCCUCAGAGUCCCGGUGAGGAGGCUGAUGAGCAGGCAGGUGAAAAUUCACACGAGGCCUCUUCCGGACCUUGUCAAGAACUGGGAGGAAGUUAGCAGCAAACUGAACGGGACAGAGUUUGCUCACUUCCUUGAUGGUUCAGAUUAUGUCAAGUGA